AUGAGCUCCUUCACGCACGUCCUCAAGGAGAUCGGCGACUUCGGCUUAUUCCAGAAGCGCCUGGUGGCCGCCUUGUGCAUCCCCAACAUCUUCAUCGCCUUCGACAUCAUCAGCCAGGUUUUUGUCGGUUUCAACUACCCAAACUACUGCAACACCGACUGGAUCCUGGAUCGGGUGGAUGCCAACCUGACCCUGGAGAGGCAGAAGGAGCUCACCAUCCCCGUAAAUCCGGAUGGAAGCUUCCAGAGCUGCCUCAUGUUCACGCCGGUUGACUCCGACUUGGAGACCAUUGAGCUGUACGGCCUGAACGAGACCACAAGCUGCCUCAAUGGCUCCAAAUUCGAGGUGCCGCCUGGGACCUCCAGCAUUGGGACAGAGUUCAAUCUGGUGUGCGACAGAAGCAUGUUGGUUGAGGUGUCCCAGUCAGUUCACAUGGUGGGACUUCUCAUCGGCGCUCUCGUGAUGGGCGCAAUGGCUGACAGGUUUGGCCGCCGCUUCGUGCUGUUGCUCGGGCAUCAGCUUCUUUUCUUGGCGGGCGUCGGCGCCGCAUUCUCUCCCAACGUGUACGUUUAUAUCGUGCUCAAAUUCAUGUGCGGAUUCUCCCUGUCGGGACUCAUUGGCAACGGAUUUGUGAUUGGUGGCGAGUGGUGCGAGUCAUCCAAGUUUGCCUUCUGCACCGUCAUCAAUCACACUUUUUACCCCAUCGGUCUCGCCUUGUUGGCCGGUCUUGCCUAUUUCAUCCGCGAUUGGAGGAUCCUCCAACUGACUCUCUACGGGCCUCUUCUUAUCGUCCUGCCCGUAUUAUACUGGUUCCUGCCGGAAUCGGCUCGCUGGCUCAUGACUCAGGGGAAGAAGGAGCAGGCUAUAAAGGAGGUGCGCAAAGCGGCAAAAGUCAACGGGAGGGAAGUGUCGCAAGCUCUACUGGACAAGAUGACGUUGGAGAAAACACCCAAAAGAGGGAACAUGCUGGAUUUCUUCAAGAUAGCAUACCUGCGAAAACGAAUGCUGGCCAUGUGCUACAUCUGGUUUGGAACCAACAUGAUGAGCUACGGCCUGGGUCUGAGUGUCGGCGACUUCGGACCUAACAUUUACCUCAUGCAGUUCAUCUUUGCCUUGGUGCAGCUUCUCGCCCGUCUGGUCACUUUGCCGCUCAUCGGACGUUUCGGAAGGCGAGCGUCUCAGGCCGUCUCAUUACUGUUGGGUGGACUCGCCUGCCUGUGCCUUUUCUUCGUGCCAAAAGAGCUUCCUGUUGUCAUGACGGUCAUAUCUGUGUUUGGGAGAUUUACAUCCGGUGUUUCCAUGGGCAUCCUGUUCAUUUAUACAGCAGAGCUGUACCCCACCACGCUAAGGCAGAGUGGCAUGGGCCUCAACAACAUGUGUUCCCGGCUGGGCGGCAUCCUGGCCCCCCUGAUAAAACUCCUGAGCAUGUACCACCACAGCCUCCCCAUGCUAGUGUACGGCAUCGUGGCAUCAAGUGCGGUGGGCCUGUCUCUGCUGCUGCCAGAGACCCUCAACACUGAACUCCAGGACCACGCCCAGCUACAGAAACCCGAGAUGGGAAAGACGAAUGACAAAUGGGAAAAGCAAGAGAAAAGCCACGGCAAAAGCACUGCAUUGUAGUUACGACUUGGUUACCAGGGCGAGUUUGGCUCAUACUCGCAGAGCACCUCACGUUUCCAAUCAUUUUUGAACUUUUGAUCAGUGUUCUCCAUUCCUACAUUUUUUUUGUGGGUCUUACGUUUGUUGCACAGAAUCCCCCACUAUAUUGUUCGAUGUUUUUUGAUUUUUUUUUUUAACCAUUUGAAAAUAACACAAGGUCGAAGUCAUUAAGACAUGUCCCAGCUGUUUCAACAGUUGACUAUACACAGUAUGUUUAUCGGAUUUGUGCGCUUAUCGUAUUUUAUGCUAUUCAUGAUAUCGUACUUGAUUUUGAAGUUUAUGUCUGAAUUCAAAUCGAUCUGUCAUGACCAUCAUUUCUCGAGAAUGACGCUCACUCGUGUAUAG